AUUCCUAAUUUUUCUAAUUGUAAUUACCCCGCGACCUUUUCUUGACGUUCAUUAUAAAUUUUUUUUAAUUUACAAGACUUACAAUUAUUUCAAAGCAUUCGCCUUUUUAUCAGUAAAAUUUGUAAAUACAGAUAGUAACUGCAGCCAAUUCUUCAGCAGUCCAAACACAAAAAACAUGUGUGACAAAAGUGCUAGUGCUAGUAAACAGGAAUUAGUGUUGGACACGAAAACAGUGAGAGAAGAAGGGGGAGCAGCAGAGAUGUCACCCCCGGUGUCGCCUUCAAUCAAGCCUUUCAGAGCCAAAAGAAGUCGAACUCUUUCUGAAUCAGAGAGAAUUCUUGCGGGGCCUUCUUUCUACGGAAAAGUUGAUGAUUUCUGUAGACAGAAGGGGCAUGGCUUUAUAAACCCAUGUGAUGGCGGGGACAAAUUAUUCUUCCAUAUAUCUGACAUCGAGGGCGAUGUGGUUCCGGUGCCUGGUGAUGAGGUGACCUACAAACUUUUCCCCAUACCACCGAAAAAUCAAAAGCAUUCAGCCGUGCAUGUCCAGAUAACUCGCCCGAAGCCUGAGAUUGUGCACGAAACUUGGGAUAGCAGAACAAGACCUGAAGAUUUUUGACAUUGUUGCGUUUGCUCAUGAUUGGCUGUUUGUUCGUUUCUUCUUGGUGUUUCUGUUGGUUUUUUUGUGAUUGGCAGGUCAUUUCUUUAUUGUGGUUGGAUAACUGCUUGUUGUUUUUUUUUCAUUACUCUAGUUUUGUUCACACCGUCAAGUUAUUUGGUCUGAAAUCAAGUCUUCACCUAUUGUUACAACCAUUACUAAUGACUUCUUAAUUGUUUGUUUGAAGUUAUUACCUUAGUUAACUCCAUUCUCAUUAUUGUUUUCACCAUAAAGUUAUAUAUUUUUCUGAUUUGUUUGAAAGUUUCACACCAAAUAAAAGCAAAUAAUUAAUUAAUUGAUUCAAAUAUUGUCUUGCGAAAUUGUAUUAAUUAGCAUGGUAUCCGUCACAUAUAUUUUUCUUCAUUCAUUCAUUUAUGCCCGUUGAAGAAAUUUUUUCUUGAAUUUCUGAAACAAUGGCGGUUUUAAAAUUUUGAAGCCAGUUAAUUAAGAAACCUAUGUUAUUGUUUUGUUUGUUAAAUUUUGAAAAGUAUUAUCGCGAAAUUAUGUAUAUAUACACACACAUAUAUAUAUAUAUAUAUAUAUAUAUAAUCUUACAAAAGUUUUUUUUAAACAUAUUUAUAUUUUUGUAUAUUCAAACAUACAAAUUAAUAUAUAUCUUUAUCUUUUAAGAAACUUUCUAUUAAAAUCGCCAUCUUAAUCCUCCAAUAUAUAUAUAUAUAUAUUUGUAUGCAUAUAUAGACCAUACAUACAUUUGUAUAGAUAUUAAUAUUCUUGAUUACUGACCAUUAUUAUGAAGUAAUAUUUUAAUUCACACACAUCCAUCCAUCCAUCCAUGCACUUGAUAGUAUUUCAUUAGCGAUUUUUUUUUUUUAAAGUUAAUACUAACACUAAUGUACGGCUAUGAGACGCUUCAAUACUGCUAUUGCAAAAAGAAUACUACGUACUU